CCGCCACAAAACUUGCUUCCACUCAUAUCAUGUCAUUGGCCUAUGGAAAGAACCGCACAGCGCAGCUGCCGCCCAACGUGAACCGGAUCCUGCUGGUCAAAAACCUGCCGUUCAAGAUCACUGCAGAGGAAAUGUUUGACCUGUUUGGCAAAUACGGCGCUAUCCGCCAGAUUCGCAUGGGCACCGAGCCUACUACCAAAGGCACAGCGUUUGUCGUCUACGAGGACAUCUACGACGCGAAGGAAGCAUGCGACCAUCUGCAAGGGUUCAACGUGAUGGGCCGGUAUUUGAUUGUGCUGUAUUACCAGACAAACCACCGGUCAAAAAAGACCGAUCUUGCCAAGGAGGAGGAGCGGAUUGCCCAGCUCCGGCAGCGGUACAAGGAGAUGAACCCAGACGGCGACGACGACCUGAGCUGAGGCGGCCGUGAACGAGUUGAGCAGUAGUAUUUAAAAAUAAACAGGGCAUAACUAUGCAACA